AUGAAUGGUAGCAGAGUCCUCUGUUGGGGAAAUGGUAUUGGAGCUGAGAUUCAAAAAGGGUUCGAGAAUGUGUUAAUGUCAAGCUUAAUUGCUGGAGAGUCUCAUGCUUGUGGCUUAAGGAAAAAUGGAACUUUGGUCUGCAAAGGGAACAAUGAUUCCGGGCAAUUGAAUGUACCUUAUGGGGCCAAGUUUUCAGGCCUUGCAUUGGGAGCAAAUUUUACUUGUGCUAUAAGGCAAAGCAAUGGCUAUGUUGUAUGCUGGGGUCACAGUGAUGUUGUUGGAAAUGUUUCGUUUGAGUCGAUUGUUGCAGGUUUGGAUUUUGUAUGUGGACUAACAAGAGGUAAUCUAUCAGUGAUUUGUUGGGGACCAGGAUGGUCUAGUUCUGAAAAUGAUGUUACUUUGGGAUCGAUCAUUCCGGGUCCAUGUGUACAAACUCCUUGUAGCAGCUGUGGUGUGUACCCAAAUUCGGAGACUCUUUGUGGUGGGUCGGGGAAUAUAUGCAACUCAUGCCAGACCGAGCUUCCAGUUGCAGUGCCUUUGCUUCCAACAAGUCCACUGGAAAAAGGUUCUUCAUCAUCCAUAGGAAAAAAUAAGCUUUUGUUGGUUUUUGUAAUAGUUGGAUCAGUUGGGGCUUUUGCUGGACUUUGCACUGUUCUUUUCUGCUUAUGGAUUGGACUGUGCAGCUCUUGGUUCAACAACCGGGAGUCUGAGCAACUCACAAGUGCUGCUGACCCCAAUGUAGGGGCUCUCGUUGAGAUCCAAAACGUUCCUAAUGCUCCAUUUCAGCACUUUAGUAGUAGUUCAUCAUCAAAGCAUGCAGACAAGACUGAAGAAUUUGUAUUAGCAGAGCUUUCUGCUGCCACUAAGCAUUUCUCAACCCAAAACAAGAUUGGUGCCGGGAGCUUUGGUAUUGUAUACAGAGGCAAGCUCUCCGAUGGUCGCGAAGUGGCCAUCAAGAGAGGAGAUACUAGUACAAAAACCAAGAAAUUCCAGGAGAAAGAAAGCGCGUUUGAUUCUGAAGUAGCAUUGCUGUCUCGGCUUCACCACAAGCAUUUGGUGAAGCUAGUGGGAUCGUGUGAAGGUUUAUGUAGUUGA